AUGGCGGGCCGAGCUGUGGGUCUGGGCACCGCCGUGUGCCAGCCUGGAGACAGCUAUGAGAAACAGGAGAGCCUGCGGGCCUAUGCUGCCAACGUCUAUACCACGGUGGUGGAGCAGCUGAUGCUCCAGAAGCAGCGCAGGUUCAUCGCCGUGGAGCAGGAGUACUUCCGGCUGUGGUGGGAUGGCAUCGCCUCCUACAGGCAGAAACGCCAGGUCCGCCAUCUCCUGACCACAAGACGCCUGGAGUUUGUCAUCGGGGGCCAGGUCAUGCAUGAUGAGACCGUGGCCCACUUUGAUGACCAGAUCCUACAGCUCACAGAAGGACACGGCUUCUUGUACGAAACCUUUGGGAUCUGGCCGAGGUUCUCCUGGCAAAUCGACUCCUUUGGUGCAUCUGCCACAACCCCCACCCUAUUUGCCCUGGCGAGCUUCCAUGCCCACGUCAUCUCUCGCAUCGACUAUGCCCUAAAGGACACCAUGCAGAACUCACAGGGGCUGCAGUUUGUGUGGCGAGGGUCCCCAUCCCUGUCAGCUCAGCAGGAAAUCUUCACGCAUGUCUUGGACCAGUACAACUACUGCUCGGAAGGCUUUAACUGGGACGGGACUGCUGUCUUCCCGAACUCACCGCCAGACAGGGUAUUUCACCCGAAGUCUGUACCCAUCACUUGGAACAAUAUCAAUUACUAUGUCAGUCUCCUUGUGGACAAUGUGAAGGCGCGGGCCACCUGGUUCCGGACACCGCACCUCCUCUGGCCCUGGGGCUGUGACAAGCAGUUCUUCAAUGCGUCACUGCAGUUCUCCAACAUGGACCCGCUGCUGGACUUCAUCAACAGUAACUCGCCCAAGCUCGGCAUCUCCGUGGAGUACGCCACGCUGGCCGACUACUUCGCAGCGGUGCAGGCUCACAACGUCUCGUGGCGCGUCCACACCCAUGGGGACUUCCUGCCCUAUUCCUGAGAUCCAUUUCAGGCCUGGACGGGCUUCUACGCCUCCCGCAGUGGGCUCAAGGUGCUGGCGAGGCGAGCCAGUGCUCUGUUGUAUGCCGGGGAGUCCAUGUUCACACGCUACGUGUGGCCUGCCCCCCACCAGCACCUGGACCCGGCCUGGGCCCUGAAGCAGCUCCAGAGGCUCCGCUGGGCAGUCUCCGAGCCCCUGGUCGCUAGAGGUCACUUUCCAGAGGAGUUCUCUGAGGUGGUGGGUGGAGGGAGUAACCGCACAGUGCGGGUGACCCAGGAGUUCAUGGAAUACCAUGUCAACAAUCAUAGUUUGAAGGACAGCAUUUCUAAUAACUACAUAUUUACACCCACCCAGUCAGCACAGCGCCCAUGGAACAGUGUGGGAAUGCACAUUGUGGCGGGAAAGCUCAUGCCUGAGAUCCGGCAAUACUUCUACAGGAAGGUGGGGGACAGGAAUCACACAUAUGCCAUCUACUCCCUGCACGCCCACGUGCCCCCUGGCCCAGGGAGCGGAGCUGCCGUGCCGGCGCAGCGCAUCGAGCAGGAGUACCGGAUGGGCCCCUUGGAGCUGAACCGUGAGGCCAUCCUGAGGACCAGCACCAGUCUCCACAAGCAGCAGGUCCUCCACUCAGACCACAACAGCUACCAGAUGCAGCGGAGAGUCUUCCAGAAAUACUGGAGCAAUGCCAUCGCCCGGAAUUACUACCCCAUGGCUCAGUCCGCCUUCAUUGAGGACGGCAGAAGCAGGCUGGUGCUGCUGUCCAAACAGGCAGGCGUGUCCAGCCAAGAGAACGGGCAGGUGGAGGUCAUGCUCCAUCGCCGGCUUUGGAACAAUUUUGAUUGGGCUCUGGAUUAUGAUCUCACCCUGAAUGACACCUCCACUGUCUACCCUGUGCUCUGGCUCCUGCUGGGACCCCAGUCUCUCACCACCAGCCUGCGUCAGAGGUGUGGGCUAGCGCUGCAGCACCCACCUGUAGUGCUAUUAAGAGAGCUGAAUGGCACAGGGCCCAAUCCUCGCACCCAGUGGCAGCUAGAAGCUGUGACCCUGCCCCCAGGUCUUCACCUGCAGAUCCUGAGCAUCCCGGGCUGGAACUACAGCUCCAACCACACGGAGCACCUGCAGGAUCUCCAGAAACGCCAUCGAGGGAAGGCCAAGGCUGACCUUUGCCGUGUCCUGCUGCGGCUCCACCACCUGUAUGAGGAAGGCGAGGACCCGGUCCUGUCUCAGCAGUAGCUCACCCUCCCUGUGCUCCUGUCUCUGCAGGCUGUGCUGCAGGGGUUGGGGUCCGUGGGGGCGGUGGAGGAGCGCUCACUGACAGGGACCUGGGAUGUGAACACACUACACCGCUGGAGCUGGAGGACACAGGAGCCUCCCCACCACAGAGGCAGCUCCAGCUCUCACUCAACACCCCUGCAAGGCACCAUCUACCCGAAGGAAAUCUGGACAUUCUUCGUUCACUUUCAUAGCAGUAAGCCCAGGGAAGACUCUGAGGCCCCAGGGACCCCAAGAAAAGGAAGAUGA